AUGGUGCACUCGAUCCUGCUCUCUGUGGGGGCCCUGGACGCCAGUCCUGCUGAGGUGAGGCCGGCCCGUUCUGAGGGCAAGGGGAACGGCCACGGCUUUGUGGGUGCAGGAGGCUCUGAGAAACAGGACUGUCCUGUUGGAGCCAUGACAGACAUGGGCCACUCAGGGCAGGGGUGCGGUCUGUACUCUGUCCCCCAGGUCAUCAUCCACCGGCUCCUGAGCAUGUUCCACCCUCGGCCCUUCGUGAAGACCCGCUUUGCCCCUCAGGGGGCCGUGGCCUGCCUGACGGCCAUCAGCAGCUUCUACUACACUGUGAUGUUCCGGAUCCACGCCGAGUUCCAGCUCAGCGAGCCGCCUGACUUCCCCUUUUGGUUCUCCCCUGGCCAGUUCACCGGCCACGUCAUCCUCUCCAAAGAUGCCACCCACGUCCGUGACUUCCGGCUCUUCGUGCCCAACCACAGGUCCCUGAACGUGGACAUGGAGUGGCUGUACGGGGCCAGCGAAAGCAGCAACAUGGAGGUGGACAUCGGCUACGUACCCCAGAUGGAGCUGGAGGCCACGGGCCCCUCGGUGCCCUCCAUGAUCUUAGAUGAAGACGGGAACAUGAUCGACAGCCGCCUGCCCUCGGGUGAGCCCCUCCAGUUCGUGUUUGAGGAGAUCGAGUGGCAGCAGGAGCUGAGCUGGGAGGAGGCUGCCCGGCGCCUGGAGGUGGCCAUGUAUCCCUUCAAGAAGGUCACCUACCUGCCGUUCGCCGAGGCCUUCGACCGAGCCCAGGCCGAGCACAAGCUGGUGCACUCGAUCCUGCUGUGGGGGGCCCUGGACGACCAGUCCUGCUGAGGUUCGGGGCGGACUCUCCGGGAGACGGUCCUGGAAAGUUCGCCCAUCCUCGCCCUCCUUAAUGAGAGCUUCAUCAGCACCUGGUCCCUGGUGAAGGAGCUGGAGGAGCUGCAGAAUAACCAGGAGAACGCGUCCCACAAGAAGCUGGCCGGCCUGCACCUGGAGAAGUACAGCUUCCCCGUGGAGAUGCUGAUCUGCCUGCCCAAUGGCACUGUGGUCCACCACAUCAAUGCCAACUACUUCCUGGACAUCACCUCCAUGAAGCCCGAGGACGUCGAGAACAACGUCUUCAGCUUCUCGUCCACCUUUGAAGACCCGUCCACGGCCACCUACAUGCAGUUCUUGAAAGAGGGACUCCGGCGUGGCCUGCCCCUGCUCCAGCCCUAGACAGCCUGCUGGGGGUGACAGGGACAGGCCCUCAUGGCCCAGAGCCAGAGUGGUCCACAGCCCAGGACACACGUCAGACUCUGCCCUACCCCGCCCCACUCGUAGGCCACCUUGUGAGUCCGAGGUCGACUGAGGGUGGCCAUCCCAGCUUUGCCCCAUGGUGGUGGUAGAUGGGGGGUACCUGGGCUGACCAGGUGGAUCAGCCUCUAGCUCUGGCUGCCACCAUCGGCCUUUCCUACCCAUCUGGCUCCAGAAGCUGCUUGGGACCCCGUCCCAGAUCGGGGCCUGGGUUAUCUCCUUGGACGUCACCUGGCCAGUCACAUAGUCCAGGCCCUUGUGAGGUGAAGAACAGGAGAGAGGAGUGGGCAGGGAACACAGGGCCACCGCUCUCUCUCUCCUUGCUUUCGCUCCCAGGCCCCAAAACAUCAGGAAGCACCGGCCAGGGGGCCAGGCUGCCCUGGCAGCAGCACUUCUAUUUGUCUAGAGCCUUCUUUCCUGGCCGUGCCCCAAGCUGUCCUCCCGUGCCUGAUGUCCCCAGCUGGGGUCAGUGUCAGCUGGAGACAGCCUUCUGGAGCCUCUGGGCAGACGCUCCUUCAGAAGUGGAGACCACGCUGCGCCCAGGCCACGCCACUCACCCAGUGCCGGGGCCCAGCGCUGAGGUCGGGACUUGCGAGGGGGGGGGGG